AUGCAGACAAAGUUGGACGAUUUCGAUGUAUGCGUUGUCACUGAGAAGAUGGUGUCAGACAGAUGGUUCUCAUUGAUCUUUGCACAGGCAGCUUGCACAGCGUCCAUGGCCCCUUGGCUGCUCGCCCGAGAGCCUCAAGGAACGUCUGUUCCCUCCCGCCGUCAACCAAAAUCCACUGGCGGCCCGUCACUUGCAGCGUACCGGUACCGUACCGUACUGCACUGCACAUCACCUGGAGAGUCGUAUCGUGUAAGCCCGCUCGCACAGAAGACGCUGCACGACGGACGGUCUUCACACCCACUCACUUACUGA